AUGAACGAGAAAGAUGUCCCACCACCAACUCAAAACAUGACUUUUAAUGAAACCCUGCGACUGAUUGGCGAAUUUCUCGAGGUGGCUUUUCAUCAAAUACUAUAUCUCCGGAAUGUUUACCCUGCAGAUUUAUUCGAACAGAGGAAGAAGUUCAACGUUGAAGUGAUGUCCUCUCGUCAUCCGGUCCUGACAUCUUACAUCGGUGAAGUCAUCUCACAGUCGAUGGAAGAAGUCGUCAAAGGACUCGCCAAGAAGUUGAUAUUAGCUGUACAAGACAAUUCAGCUACCCCGAAUAGACCACGUGAACACUUCGUUUUUAACUUACAAUACUUGGUCGAUCCGAUUACCACAUUCGAAAAUGAAGCUGAUCGGGACAUCCGACCGAUUGCAGCGUAUGGGAGUAAAGCGGAUGCUGAACUACACAUCCGGGCUUUCUUGAUCAAGCUCAAUUCCUGUAAUGCCCAUCUGGGUGAUCCCAUCAAGCAAGGAGCAGAUCUAACAUGGACGACAUUUUUGGAACUGAAUGACAUGACCAAAGAGCCUGCCUCCGAACACAGUAAGAAAAAUGAUCGGCCCCCUCAAUGGAUACCUUGCGAGAGCCCAGCUUCCCCCAGCCAAGAUGAACAAAGCACAUCUUCCAAAGCAAAUGACUUGACCUUUCCAUCAGCACCAGCAGCUUCAAAACGUCUGAUUCCUCUCAAAAGCCAAGGUUUGGGAAUGAUACAGCUUCAAAUGUUGAUCAUUCAGCAUGAUCAGAAGAAGAAAAAUAACGAACGAGCUGCUCCCACACAACACUAA